AUGCUGGUAGGCACUGUUACCAGUCUGCUCAGUUUGUGGAUGUUUUCCGUGGACCGAUCCACCCCACGCACGACCAGACUUCUCCUCAUUGCAGUUUCUGCCUCGGACGCCAUCUUUCUGCCCUUUGCAGCCAUGCACAUUCUCACUUAUGCCUUCUGUUCCAAGAGCUGUCGUCUUGCAAGUCCCCUAAACAUAUACCUACUUGCUUCUAUUGCGCGGAUUUUUGGAAAUAUUUUCGAAAUCUUCCGAAAUUGGAUCAUGGUCUUGAUCGGGAUUGAACGUUAUGUCAUUACUCGGCACCCGCUGAAGAGUAAACAGUGGUGGACACCCAGGAAGACAUUUCAACUUGUCCUCUACACGAGCCUGCUCUGUCUUAUAGUUCGUAUUCCCACGCUGACAGAGGCGAUCAUCUACGCCCUGGACGAUGUCAACAAUACUGAGAUAAUAACCAAGAUCUCCAAAGCACACACCGUGAUCGACAGCAUUUUCCUCACCCUCCUGCCGCUUUCCGUACUCAGCUUCUGUGGUUUGCGUAUCCUCAUAAUCAUCAAACGGACGCAGAGACUAGUGGUGUCUGUGGGCUCCUCCUUCACCUCCCGAUUUAUGCAUCGUCAUAAGGCACGCAACCGAUACAGGGUCAAUCAGGUCCUACUAAUUUCCAUGAUCACAUUUUCCGUCUUUAUGUUGCCCUACGUUCCACUCUCGGUGCUUCAAUGGACGGUCUGGCGGACAGAUGUGCGGCCCAGCUGUGGCGUCAUAGUGGCUGAGUACGUUUUGGCCUACCUGUCGACCCUGGGAACACUGCUCAACUCGACGGCCAACUUCUUUGUCUAUGUGUACUACUGGGAGAAGUACCGCAAAAUGAUUGCGGACAUGUUAUGCAGUCAUAAACACGGCGGUGGUAAGUGUAGCAGUCUUACAGUAUCCCUCAAUACACCCGAAGCUGCGGCUGGAGCUACAGUGCAGAACGGAGAGACGGUGAGGGCCUCGCUCUUGGCAUCCUAG